GUUUAUCUCAUGUCCUGUCUCUGGUCCUGCAAGAACUAAGCCAGUUCUAUAAAAGAGAUACCAACGGGGUUGGCAUAUUGUACGACCUUCUCCGGUCCCCGUGGCUACAGUCUCUUCUAAAGGUGUAUGAGUGUCUUCAUCAAUACAUCAAAAGGAAGCCGGUUCCUCUCACACCACAGGCACGCGCCUUGACCCAUGAGGUAGCGGAGUUGUUGCGUGGAGUCCACCCAACAUCAGAGGUCAGGGAGCUGAGGCGACUUCUACGUGGCCCCCACUUGAAGGCUUUACUAUCCGCUCACGAUACUGUGGCCCAGAAAGAUUAUGAACCGAUUCUUCCACCUCUGCCGGACAACAUCCCUGAAAACGAGGAAGCCAUGAGGAUUGUCUGCCUUGUGAAAAACAAGCAACCCCUCGGGGCCACUAUUAAACGCCACGAGCUAACAGGAGACAUUACGGUGGCAAGAGUCAUCCAUGGCGGGUUGGCAGAUAGAAGCGGGUUGUUGUAUGCUGGAGACAAAUUGGUAGAGGUGAACGGGGUUCCGGUGGAAGGGCUGGAGCCGGAGCAAGUCAUCCACAUUCUGCUCUACGUGCGAGCGAUGGCGGAUUACUGGCCCCUUCAGGACCCCGCUAUUCCUUGUGCUGACGCAGGGCUGCCGUUUAAAAAGGGUGACAUUCUUCAGAUUGUGGACCAGAACGACACCUUCUGGUGGCAGGCAAGGAAAGUCUUGGACCUCAGCACCUGCGCUGGACUGAUCCCUUCCAAUCAUCUUUUGAAGAGGAAGCAGCGGGAGUUCUGGUGGUCCCAACCCUUCCAGCCUCACCCGUGCCUCAAGUCGACAAUAUUGAGUACUGUGGAAGAAGAAGAUGACAUGCAGAUCGAUGAGAAGUGUGUUGAAACAGAUGAGGAAACUUUUGAGUCUGAGGAGCUCAAAGAAGAAGAGGAAGAAUUCACUGUAUCCGGUCAGCAGGUCUUUGUUGCUGGCUUCCGUAGAAGUAUGCGCCUGUGUCGCAGGAAAUCACGCAACAGCCACUUGCCGUGUUAUGCCCGGUGUCCCAGUGCCUGCUACAGUGCUGUAGCGGCACCUUAUGAAGAGGUGGUGAGAUACCAGAGACAGCCCGGGGAUCGGAACAGAUUAAUCGUGCUAGUGGGUCCUUCAGGGGUUGGAGUGAAUGAACUACGACGGCGGCUUAUUGGCAUAAACCCCUAUCAGUUUCAAAGUGCAGUGCCACAUACAACUCGGGCUCAGAAGAGCUAUGAAGAGAACGGUAGAGAAUAUCACUAUGUAUCGAGGGAAACGUUUGAAAACAUGGUGUAUACCCACAGAAUGUUGGAGUACGGAGAGUACAAAGGAAACCUCUAUGGCACAAGCGUCGAUGCUGCACGCACGGUGCACGACGAAGGGAAGAUCUGUAUCGUAGAUUUAGAGCCCCAGAAUAUUCAGCUGGCUCGAACUCAUGAACUGAAACCCUACAUUAUAUUUAUUAAGCCGUCGAGCGUGAGUUGCAUGAAGCAAUCCCGGAAAAACGCCAGGAUUAUCACAGACUAUUAUGUGAACAUGAAGUUUAAGGAAGAAGAUCUGCAGGAAAUGGAAGAGUCGGCUAAAAAAAUGGAGGUUCAGUUUGGACAGUUCUUUGACCACGUUAUUGUGAACGACAACUUGGAGGAGGCCUGCACGCAGCUGCUGAUUGCUGUCCGCCGAGCACAAGAUGAGCCGCAGUGGGUUCCGGCAACGUGGAUAUGCUCAGACAAUCAGCCAUGA